AUGUCAUCUGCUUCAUUUCCACAUAGAAACAAAAAAAUCGAAAUGUUCUUCUCCACGUUUAUUAUUUUUGCAAUAUUUUCUUAUGAAUCCAGUGGAGUUAUGCUAACUUUUUACGCGACUUAUGAUUCUUCAAGUUGUUCUGCACUGUCUACACUUUCUUGGGAUGAUUGUGUCACAAAUUGUGAUGAUAAUUCAACUUGUUUUGUAAGUUAAGGGGAGUUAAGUAAAGUUGAGGAUGUAGAGCAAAUAACUUUUGAGAAGUUGAGUUAGAUUAAGUUCAAAACAUGCGUUAAGAUGGCUAUAUUAUGAAUGUGGUAAUUGGUCGGUUAUAUAAGGUAGCUUAAGGUGAAUUAAAGGGUGCUAGAAGUGUUAAAAGUUUAAGUUAAGCUAAUUACUAAAGUUUAUUCAACUUGAAAUCUUUAAAGUGAAAAUACAGGGUUUAAGUUAAAAUAAGUUAAGUUAGCUUCAGUUAAGUUAAGCUUAAAUUAAAUUACCCGAAGAGUUAAGUCCACUAUCUUAUUCAGUACGCUCUCAAAACUGCUGAUAUCCCGUGCAGCAGUUGUGGAUACGGCAAAAUAACCGGAAUCGUUUAUUCGUCUUCAGAAACUGACACGAUCAUCUCACUAAAAAGCGAUGUCACUGAUUGCAAAACCCCGCAAAAACUAUUAGAAGCUCAGCAAAUCGAUAAACUCAAAAUAUGCCCCUAUGGAUUUAUCAAGAUUUUCCGAGAGAACUACACGAUUUGUGUCAGUGUGCUGAUUUAUCACUAUACUUUCAAUCGAACAGUAGCAACGAAUAAUUGCGAUGGAAAAAAUGGUGUGGUUUUGGGAUUAUGGACUGGAGAUGAGAGAGUGUAUUUUUCGAAUACCACCAAUCAAUUCUAUAAUUCAAGUUAUAGUAUCUGGAUAAACUAUCAAAGAUCAAAUGGUGUUAAUUGGACAUCUACAGAUCCAUAUUUACCAACUGGGGGAGAUGAUAAUAAUAUUGUUUGGGCAAGUGGUCAUCCAAUUUCUGGCAAUAAUUGUGCAUCGCUGCAAGCUGGGACCUAUUUGGUGCAAAGUGAACCGUGUACCGGGACAACUUGUUCUACAACUUAUUGUCCAGCAAGUAUACUUUGUGGUUAUUUGAUAGGAUAA